CGUGGGUUUCUGGAAGUCGGGGGAGCCAGUCAAAGCCAACCAGCCCAGCAGCAUCUAUCCAUCCGAGGCGCUGGAGCUAAAGAAACCCGAUAUUUGUGUAUGAAAAAGGCGGCCGAGGAGACGGAGGAGCGGACGCCGUCAGGAUGCGGCUUAGUCUGGACUGGGGAAGCUAAAGCACAGCCCAAACGCGGUGUCAUUUAGCCUGGAUUAUUCUUAGUGCUGUUAGUGCUGUCGGCCCCGGGAGCAUAUCGAAACGAGACACCUGGUUAUUGCAUCGACUCCUGCUAGCGCUUUCCCAGCCCGAGCUAGCCAUUUUCACAGGAGCAUCUCGGAUCUGUCGGAUGCUGCUGUUGGCUCCUGCUUCCUCUGCUUCUACUAAGGAAAGAUGCGCUGAGAAACGAAGCGCUAGAUUAGCCGCAGCAGCCGAGAGCAUGCAAUGAAAGCUGUUUUCUGUGAUCUGUCGAGGAAAAUCUGCACGCCCUCGGCUCUGGAUGGUGCUUAUCUGUGUUGGAGGCCAGCCGUAGGAGCUGGGGACGGGAAGGUGGGGCGGCUCACAGCUAAACAUGCUAACAGGCUAACAGGCUAACUAGACUGGAUGUCCACUGCUUUUCCUCUAUUCUCUGAGCACUGACAACAAGACUAUCAAAUUACAACCACUUUGCAAGAUUAAAAUUCAAAUAUUAAGGGAGUUCUGCAAAAAAGGAUUUGAUUUUUGACCAUGGCAGACGACGACGUGCUGUUUGAGGAUGUCUACGAGCUGUGCGAGGUCAUUGGGAAGGGUCCCUUCAGUGUGGUGCGGCGGUGCAUUAACAGAGACACGGGGCAACAGUUUGCAGUGAAGAUCGUGGAUGUGGCCAGUUUUACCUCCAGCCCUGGACUCAGCACGGAAGAUCUGAAGAGAGAAGCGAGUAUCUGCCACAUGCUGAAGCACCCGCACAUCGUGGAGCUGUUGGAGACAUACAGCUCAGAUGGAAUGCUCUACAUGGUCUUUGAAUUUAUGGACGGAGCAGACUUGUGUUUUGAAAUUGUGAAGAGGGCGGAUGCUGGGUUUGUGUAUAGUGAAGCAGUGGCCAGUCAUUACAUGAGACAGAUUCUGGAGGCACUUCGGUACUGCCACGACAACAAUGUGAUCCAUCGGGACGUUAAGCCUCACUGUGUACUGCUGGCGUCUAAAGAAAACUCUGCCCCUGUGAAACUCGGGGGGUUUGGAGUGGCCAUUCAGCUCGGAGAGUCCGGACUCGUCGCUGGAGGUCGUGUGGGUACUCCUCACUUCAUGGCUCCGGAGGUGGUAAAGAGAGAGCCGUAUGGUAAACCCGUGGAUGUGUGGGGGUGUGGAGUGAUCCUGUUCAUUCUGCUGUCUGGAUGUCUGCCCUUCUACGGCACCAAGGAGCGGCUGUUUGAGGCCAUCAUCAAGGGCAAGUACAAGAUGAAUCCUCGUCAAUGGGCCCAUAUCUCAGAGAGCGCCAAAGAUCUGGUCAGAAGGAUGCUCAUGUUGGACCCAGCCGAGAGAAUCACUGUGUACGAAGCCCUUAACCACCCCUGGCUCAAGGAGAGAGACAGGUACGCCUACAAAAUCCACCUGCCUGAGACCGUGGAGCAGCUGAGGAAAUUCAAUGCCAGGAGGAAGCUAAAGGGUGCUGUUCUGGCUGCGGUGUCAAGCCACAAGUUUAACUCCUACUACGGGGACCCUCCUGAGGAACUGCAUGACUUCACAGACGAUCCAACAUCUUCAGGACUUUUAGCUGCAGAAAGGGCAGUGUCUCAGGUGCUGGACAGUCUGGAGGAGAUCCACGCUUUGACCGACUGCAGUGAGAAGGACAUGGACUUUCUACACAGCGUCUUCCAAGACCAACAUCUGCACACACUACUAGAUCUUUAUGACAAAAUCAACACUCGUUCAUCGCCUCAGAUCAGAAAUCCUCCGAGUGACGGAGUCCAGAGGGCCAAAGAGGUGUUGGAAACCAUUUCGUGUUACCCUGAAAACAUGGAGGCCAAGGAGCUGCGACGAAUCCUCACCCAACCUCACUUCAUGGCCCUGCUGCAGACCCAUGACGUGGUGGCCCAUGAGGUGUACAGUGACGAGGCUCUGCGGGUCACCCCUCCCCCCUCCUCCCCUUUUCUGAACGGAGACUCCCCCGACUCCACCACAGCCGACAUGGACCUGGAGAACGUGACCCGUGUCAGACUGGUGCAGUUCCAGAAGAACACGGACGAACCUAUGGGCAUUACUCUAAAAAUGAACGAGCUGAACCACUGUAUCGUGGCCCGUAUCAUGCACGGAGGAAUGAUCCACCGACAGGGGACACUUCACGUAGGAGACGAGAUCAGAGAGAUCAACGGAAUCAGCGUGGCCAAUCAGACGGUAGAGCAGCUGCAGAAGAUGCUGCGGGAGAUGAGAGGCAGCAUCACCUUUAAGAUAGUCCCCAGUUAUCGAUCACAGUCUAUGUCCAUCGAGAAGGAGUCUCCGGACGUUUCGCGCCAGUCUCCUGCAAACGGCCACGCCAGCGUCACCAGCUCUAUACUGGAUCUCCCCUCCACUAUUCAACCCAAAGGUCGUCAGAUCACCAGAACUCCAGUCACAGAGCAAAAAAUGACUGUUAAGAUCUACGUCCGCGCCCAGUUCGAGUACGAUCCGUCUAAAGAUGACUUGAUUCCUUGUAAAGAGGCAGGAGUGAGAUUCCGAGUGGGAGAUAUUAUUCAAAUCAUUUCCAAAGACGAUCAUAACUGGUGGCAAGGGAAACUGGAGAACACUAAAAAUGGGACCGCAGGGCUCAUACCGUCACCAGAACUACAGGAGUGGCGCGUGGCAUGUAUUGCCAUGGAGAAGACCAAACAGGAGCAGCAGGCCAGCUGUACGUGGUUUGGCAAAAAGAAGAAACAAUAUAAGGACAAGUAUCUGGCCAAGCACAACGCAGUGUUUGACCAACUAGACCUGGUGACUUAUGAGGAGGUGGUCAGAGUGCCCUCAUUUAAAAGAAAAACUCUCGUACUGCUUGGAGCCCAUGGAGUCGGCAGAAGGCACAUCAAGAACACGCUGAUUGCCAAACACCCGGACCGCUUCGCCUACCCCAUCCCCCACACCACCCGACCUCCCAAAAAGGACGAGGAAAACGGGAAAAACUACUACUUUGUGUCACAUGAUCAAAUGAUGCAGGACAUCAGCAACAACGACUACCUGGAGUACGGCAGCCACGAGGACGCCAUGUAUGGAACCAGGCUGGAGACCAUCCGACAGAUCCAUGGACAAGGCAUGGUGGCCAUACUCGACGUAGAACCACAGGCUCUAAAGAUCCUGAGGACAGCAGAGUUCGCUCCUUUUGUCGUUUUCAUCGCCGCGCCAACGAUCACCCCGGGAAUGACAGAGGACGAUUCUCUCCAGCGACUCCAGAAGGAAUCGGAGUUGCUUCAGAAAACCUACGCUCACUAUUUCGACCAAACGAUUAUCAACAACGAGAUCGAUGAAACUAUCCGCCUGCUGGAAGAGGCUGUCGACCUAGUCUCCACUACCCCACAAUGGGUGCCUGUUUCCUGGGUAUACUGACCUCCGACUCCCCCUCUCACCUGGAGGUCCCCUUUUCCAUCCAACCAACCAACAGUUAACCACGCAAAUGGAAAAUACAGGAAAGAAGCUAGUCAAAAUAACAGACUCUUACAAUUUCAAGAGACAACUUUUAGGGCCUCAAGGCAAUCCCUGUACAUAUUAUAGAAAUUAUACAUAACUAUAUAUAAAAGUACUAUGGUUGUGCGUAUAGCCGUAAUGCAGGGAGAGGAGUGGUAGACAUUUUUGUAAGUAUUUUUUAAUUUGAGCGUGGUAACUGAAGGAUUGUAUCAGCGAAAGGCAAUAUUAGCAUGUGUACAACUGUCUCCCCUCGUAAUUUUUCUUCCAGUGACAAAUUUGAGAGAAGUAAGCACAUAAUAUAAAGCUGCAAUGGUGGCAAAAUGCAAAAAAAAUACGAAGAUAAAACCAAGAAAAGCACAUUUUUAGAAGUUUUUGCGUUGAUCCUGUGGUAACCCUCUUUCGUUUGCUUUGUUUACAAGAUGGUUUGCACAAAAUGGACGUGUAUCGCAUCUAUCGGUUCGUCAAUGCCUUCUUGAAGUUUCAAAAUGGCUCUCAAGCAAAAACUUUGAACGGAAAAGAAGGAAUUUAAAAUAAUAACUGCCUUACGGAGCUAAAGGGAAGGAGUGGAUAACAGCUAUGCACGCCCCUGGUUCAAUCCAACGGCAGCGUGGAGCGUGGGCGAUGGAGGAAAGAGACAAAGAGGUUUACCAGUCGCAAUCACCAAUAUUUACAGACCACUAAGUAUGAAUACCACACAUUUGUAAUGGUACUUUUGUUUUUAAAUGUUCAGAUUAUAGCAGCACAUCUACCUCUGCCCUGCCUCUAUUGAGUUUGCUUAUGUGUUUUAUGUCAGAUGCCCUCGCAGAAGUACCUUGUAAUCCAAUAUCCAAAUGGUACAGUGGCUAAGAUUGGUUAAUAUUUGCAGCACGUCAACUAAGACAUUAACAGGUGCAUUUGUGGGCAUUUCUGAUGAAUUUCAAAAUAUGUUUUAGACCAGGUUUAGACCUGGGUUAGACCUCAUGGUACUUUGAAAGCAAAAUAGUACCUGCUUUUACCUAAAAUACAAUGGAUUCCACUUUAGGGGCUGGUUUAGACCCAGUUUAGGUCUCAGUCUAGUCUGAUUUUUAGACCUGGUUUAGUCUUGGUUUAGUUCUGAUUGUAUGAAAGUUAAUUAGCUCAUGGUAAUAUUAUAAUAUCAAUUCAGUGCUUAAAUUGCACAAUGGUGUUUUUUGGGUCUAGUCCUGGUUUAGACCCAGUUUAGGUCCCAAUGCAGUCUGGUUUUAGACCUGGUUUAGUCUUGGUCUAGUCUCAGUGGUGCUAUGAAAGCUAAAUAUCCUAAGUAUUGACAACUAUUGGGACUAGUCUUGGUUUAGACCAGGUUAAGUGGGUUUAGUUUAGUCUUGGUUUAGUCUUGGUCUAGUUCUGAUGGUACGUUGAAAGCUAAAUAUAUUAUGACACAAAGGCUGCUUAUAUCACUAAAAUGCAAUACCACUUUUAGGACUAGUCUUGGUUCAGUCUCAAUUAAGUCUGGUUUUAGACCUUGUUUAGUCCUGGUUUGGUCCUGGUUUAUACCCAGUUAAGUCCUAGUUUAUACCUGGUUUAGUCCUGGUUUAGUCCUGGUCUAGUCUGGGUCUAGUUCUGAUGGUACUCUCUGAAAGUUAACUGUAUCAACCAAUCAAACCAAUACAUUUCAGUAGCUGCUUAUAUCACUACCACUUUUGGGGCUAGUCUUUGUUUAGACCUAGUUAAGUCCUGGUUUAGACCUGGUUUAGUUCUGAUUUACUCUUGCUCCAGCUGAUUCGUCCUGUAAAACCCUGUCUCUAAACGCUGGUUGCGAUUGGUAAACCUGCAGUGUUUCUGAAUAGCUGGAUGUACUAAUCGUAGAGCCACUGUUUUAACUGUUGUUUGUAAAAACUGAGUAUUGUUUCGGACGGCGCGCUGAACUCUCCUGUGUAUGUUUAUUGUUUCGGACGGAGGGCUGAACUCUCCUGUGUAUGUUUAUCUGGUGUCUUAAGAGUACAGAGCCAAUGUAAAAUACUAACUAAAAGAGCUCAGUGUGUGAAAUCUGUUUUGGUAACUGCAAAAAAUACAUUCAAAAUGACUUGAAUUAACAAUAUUGAGAGUUUUGACUGAAAAACUUGUAUUUGUGCAACACAUUUUCAACCUCUCCAGGAGUAUUAAAGUGCACCUGUUCUGUGAACUGGACUUUUCACAUCUUUAUCCAUGUUCUAGUCGUUUCUUCUCAUUGAGCCUCUGAAGUUGUAUUUGGAGUGAUUCAUGUUUGAGUAAUCUUUAAUCAACUAUUUUCAAAACGCUAUUUUGCUGAUCGACCUUCGUUUAACCUCCACCAGUACACACCCUCUGUGACAUACACACUUCUUUCUCCAGUUUUAUUUUCUUAAUCUUUGAUACUCAUAGGAUUCAGGCAGCGUCACAACAAUUGAACUUGUUUCUUUUCUUAAGUCAUUUUAGAUGAAUAUUGUGAUUUAAAAUGUGUAAAUUCUGACAUAAUGAUACACAGUGGUCACUGAUUAUAACUAUAGAGACACAAGCACAACAGGCUGGUUUAAUAACUGCAGACUUUGUGAUCUGAUGAUAGAAGUCGAUAUUAUAGAAGAUUUACAUUUGGUUUGUUCCCUGGUUCAAUUCUAAAAAUACAUGGUCAGAUGCAGUCAGUAUAUAAACCGUGUGUAAUGUCUAAUAGUCAGAACUACUCAAAUGAUAAUUCUGGAGCCAUUUAAAGGUUUUUGCAGUGGGUCGGUCCCAUGUCUCUGCUCUUAUCAGUUUGUUGAUAUAAAACUAAGGCUUUAAAACGUGAAAAUCAUAGCUGGAUUUUGUGAUGGCAGCGGUGACGUGGGAUCGAUUUGAACCAAAGCAAAACAUUUAAGUCCUGUGUAAAUGAAAUCUGCAAAUGACAACUUCAAACUGAGACGUUGUUCUUUUGUUAUGUUGAUUUUUAAAAAAAAUAUAUUUCAUUUUAAGUGUU